CCAGAUGAAUCCAGGCAAUUUAUUUUCCAUGCGCACGAUUGUCGUCGUGGGAAUCCAAGUUUAAACCCUCCCAACGUCUCAGGCCACCCGGACUUGGGAUUCUCAUUCUCUUUUCUCCCACCCUACCGCUGCUUUCUUUUACUAUAAAUACGCACCUCCCAGCGAGUAUUUUAUUCACCCUCCAUUCCUCCUGUAUUGCUCAGCUUAACGAUCUAAACCUGCCACCACAAGCCAUCGCUUUCAAACCCUGGUUUUCUUUUCGUUAAUCUGCCCAGGAAGAAACCAAUAUAAACGCGUAUCUAGUGACGUAUUUUUCAGCCCACAAGCAUCUUUCCCGGCAUAACAACUAGUCAUGGCUACCCGUGAUUUACCAACCUCCUUCACGUCUUGGGUUCCCCGGGCGAGAGCGGAGAUGACCAUCUUAAACAGGAGAAAGAUGCAGAACACCGUCGUUGAUGACGUGUCUUCCCACCACUACUUCAAUGCUAAUGACGAAGUUUUUUCCGGUGGAAGUGCGACCGUUGACAUGAAGAACGAAAAGCUCCGUGUUUCGAGCAAACCGUCUAAAUGGCCAAUCUUCACCGCUGGUGCUGGUUUGUUCUCCGACGGGUACGUGAAUAACUCUAUUGGUACUGCCUCUACGUGCUUGCGUCUUUUGUACCCUAAGCAGUACGCGACUUCGAACGUGAUUUCCAAUGUCUCCUCUAUUGCUUUUGCCGGUACCGUUUUGGGACAGUUGGUUUUCGGAUACAUUUCUGAUUACCACUCUCGUAAGCUCGGGAUGAUGGUAUCGACCGUUAUCUUGAUUAUCUUUGCCAUUUUGUGCGCUGGCUCGUGGGGUAAGAACGCUAGCGAUGCAAAUGGGUUGUUUACCGCAUUAACUGUCUACAGAUUCUUCCUUGGGGUCGGUAUUGGUGGCGAAUACCCGGCCGGGUCUGUCGCCUGUGCCGAAGCUUCUGCUUUAAUGCCACCGAGUAAGAGAAACAGAUGGUUCUGCUGGUUCACCAACUUUAUGAUUGAUUUCGGGUUCGUUGUCUCGGCGGUGGUUCCAUACAUUUUACUCGUAAUCUGUGGGAAGGAUCAUUUGACUCCGGUCUGGAGAAUCACUUUGGGCCUUGGUGCUAUUCCGCCGCUCUCCUUGUUCUUCUUGCGUUUGAAGUUCAAGGAGGGUGAGCAAUUCACCAAGUUAAACUUCAAGAGAACUCGCGUUCCGUACUGGAGUGUUAUCAAGUUUUACUGGUUUAGAUUGACGAUUGUUUCUCUUGUCUGGUUCAUCUACGAUUUCUCGGCGUACGCCUUCGGCAUCUACUCUUCCUACAUUAUCGCGCAGGUUAUCCCAGAUGGGGACCUCUACAAGACCUUUGGCUGGAACAUUGUGUUAAACUUGUUUUACAUUCCGGGUGCCUUUUUGGGUGCGAUUUCGGCUGACUACUUUGGCCCACGUCUUACCCUUUCCGUGGGUGUUAUUCUCCAGGCUUUGGUUGGUUUCAUCAUGGCGGCCAAGUACGAAACAUUGCGUCAACACACCGGUCCUUUCGUUGUCGUGUACGGCAUUUUCAUGACGUUGGGUGAGUUCGGACCAGGUGAUAACAUUGGGUUAUUGGCAUCCAAGACUAGCGCUACUGCCAUCCGUGGGCAGUACUACGGUAUUGCUGCUGCCAUUGGUAAGAUUGGUGCCUUUGUCGGUACAUGGGUUUUCCCAGUUAUCAUCAAGAACGCCGGUGGUGCGGAUACUACUGCUGGUAACCAAGCUCCGUUCUGGGUUGCUUCUUCAUUGUGUAUCUUCUCCGGGUUGAUGGUGUUGUUCCUCUUGCCAAGAGUUGACACCGAAGCUAUCCAGGAGGAAGAUUCCAGUUUCUUGACCUACUUGGAGAGUACUGGCUUUGACAUCAGCUUAUUGGGUGACGUUGGAUCCCUGGAGGAAGAAAUGGGACAAGGGUCUCUCACCUCCAAGGCUGAUGUUGAGGUCGAAAUCAGAGAAAAAACCCAUACUUCUCUUUAACGGCCUGUACCCAGGAUCCUUUUUUUCGCUUUUGGUUCCUUUAUCACGCGUAUUUUAUAAUUGUAUCACUUUCAUAGCUUCAAUAUCUACAUUGUAUA